AUGACAGAAACAGCGGGUGUUUACAGCAAAUUUGAAACAGAAGAAGAUGUAUACACAAAAGAUGGCACAGUUGAUUAUAAGAACAACCCUGCUAACAAGAACACCACAGGAACAUGGAAAGCUUGCCCUUACAUUCUUGGAAACGAGUGUUGUGAAAGAUUGGCGUAUUACGGAAUGAGCACGAAUCUAGUGCUUUAUUUCAAGGAUAACCUUAAUCAACAUAGCACUACAGCCUCUAAAAACCUCUCGAAUUGGUCUGGAACAUGUUAUAUUACACCAUUGAUUGGUGCAUUCGUUGCCGAUGCCUAUCUAGGCCGAUACUGGACCAUUGCCAUCUUCUCUGUCAUCUAUGUUAUCGGAAUGACAUUAUUGACGAUAUCAGCGUCAGUUUCGGGUCUAAGACCAACAUGUGUAUCGAAGGAGGAUUGUUAUGCGACAACUACUCAAAGUGCAAUAACUUUUCUGGCACUCUAUUUGGUGGCCUUGGGAACCGGAGGGAUCAAGCCGUGUGUAUCGUCAUAUGGAGCGGACCAGUUUGAUGAUGUCGAUGAACGGGAAAAGAAGCACAAAAGCUCUUUCUUUAACUGGUUCUACUUUACAAUCAAUAUUGGUGCGUUAAUCGCGUCUUCGGUUCUUGUUUGGAUCCAAGAUAACGUUGGUUGGGGAUGGGGGUUUGGGAUUCCGGCUGUGGCUAUGGCGAUUGCCGUUGGCUCGUUUUUCUCUGGAACUCGUUUGUAUCGGAAUCAGAAACCUAGUGGAAGCCCAUUGACUCGCAUUUGUCAGGUCAUUGUUGCUUCUUGGAACAAACGCCAACUUCCAUUGCCUACCGAUAGGUCCACCUUGUAUGAGAUCGCUGACAACGACUCUGCUAUAGUGGGAAGUCGCAAGCUUGACCACACCAAAAAGUUCAGUUUCUUGGACAAGGCGGCGAUGCAGUUAGAAUCGGAUCACCUAAAAGAAUCCGUUGAUCCAUGGAGGCUUUGCACUGUGACCCAAGUGGAGGAAUUUAAAGCAAUCAUUAAUUUGCUCCCUAUAUGGGCUACGGGGAUUGUUUUUAGUACAGUUUAUGGUCAGAUGGGCAACCUAUUUGUGUUACAAGGCUCCUUUAUGGAUAUAAACAUCAACAAGUUCAAAAUCCCACCAGCGUCCUUAAGCAUUUUCGACACCCUAAGUGUCAUUUUUUGGGUCCCGGUUUAUGACCGAAUUAUAGUACCUGUUGCCAGAAAAUAUACCGGCAACAAGUCAGGCCUCACCCAACUUCAAAGAAUGGGAACAGGCCUAGUGAUCUCGAUUUUCGCGAUGCUAGCUGCAGGGACUUUGGAAGUGGUCAGGCUAGGGAUUGUCAAAAGGAACAACUAUUAUGAUUACGAGCAUAUGCCCAUGACAAUUUUUUGGCAAGUACCACAAUAUUUCUUGAUUGGUUGUGCAGAAGUGUUUACCUUUAUUGGACAAUUGGAGUUCUUUUACCAACAAGCUCCAGACUCGAUGAGAAGUUUGUGUUCAGCUCUAUCGCUGACAACUGUGGCUUUGGGAAGUUAUUUAAGCUCUUUGCUUGUGACGAUUGUAACAAAUAUUAGUACUAAAGGGGGUAAGCCUGGGUGGAUACCAGAUAAUCUGAAUCGUGGUCAACUACAAAAUUUCUUCUGGCUUUUAGCGAUUAUGAGUGUGAUAAAUUUUGGAGCUUUUCUAUUGAUUUCUCAUUGGUACACCUAUAAGAAGCCCGUUGGUACAAUUUCUAUCAAAUUAAAGGAUAACGACACUAACAUUUCUUCAGAACGGCGACUUGCAAAUUCUGAUCAAUAG